GGAGACAGGAAAACUCCCGAGCGCUGCGAGAUUGUGAUAAUACGACGUUACAUUCUCCGGCGACCGGCGACGGGUGGGUGGCUACCGGCCUUACAGUUAGGGUUUAUCAUCCUCGCUGUCGCGUCCACCCAUCCAUAACUUCGCAUUUCUUCGCAAAUGGAGACGUCUCUCAGAUACGGGGGCGACGCCAAGGCUCUCAGAAUCCACGCCAAAGAGAAGAUUCCGAUCGAUUCCAAGACCUUCUUGCAGCUUCAUGGAGAACUCGACACAAGAUUGGGAGCUCCGAGUUAUCUUAGUGCGAUGAUACGACACUUCUACCCAGACCUAUCUGCUAGCCUCGGCGUAGGAGUGCAAUAUGAUAAAAAUGGGAAGCUUCGCUAUAAUGUACGUGCAAAGAAGGCAUUUCCUGUGACUACUAAUGGACUAUUGAGCUUUAACGUGAAAGGACGGUGCGAUGUUGACAAAGAGUUUAAGCAGUGGAAGUCCAGGGGAGGUGCUGAAUUUUCUUGGAGCAUUUUCAAUUUUCAGAAGGACCAAGAUGUUAGACUCAAACUAGGCCUUGAAAUGUUCGACCAGGUACCAUAUCUGCAGGUUAGGGAAAACAACUGGACUUUCAUUGCAGAUACUAAUGGUAGGUGGAAUUUGAGGUACGACCUAUGAUUAUGAAGGAGCGGAACUGGAUCUAUUCUUUUUCAGCAUAUGUGACACCAGAAGUCAUGUCCUUCGGUUUUCUGUAUUGCUGGAUACCUGGUGAACUACAUUAGUCAACGAGUAGAUGAUCAGCUCUUUAGUAAAUGUGGUUUAUUUACUG